GGACUCCCCUGUGCCUGCAUGUGGCAGGUAUUAUGACUGCAAGCUGUUUCCUUGACUAGAAACAAUCUCAACGGAGGGAUCACAAUAGCUCACUUGCCCUCCCUUUGCCCCCUCAGAAAUCGAAAUCUUUGUGGCGUAAUCGUAGUCUCCACAAUGUAGGCUGCGUGCGUCUUCUCCCUAGAUCCUGCGAAGCGGUCGGCCGAGCAGCAGGGGGUGUAUUCGGUGCCGCCUCCUCCACCGCCUCCUUUCCUUUUCUGUGCCCUUCGGGCCAAUCGGCAGAAAACAAAGGCGCGCAGGAGGAGCGGGGGGAGGCCGAUCUCCUGCUGCCCUUCCUCCUUGGGUCAGUAACUCCGCGCGGCAUAAACAAACACGGGCAGGGGUCGCUUCGUACAUGCCGGAAGGGAGCCCAGCGAGGAUGGCGAGGAGCCGGGCUACAGCCCCGACGCCGCCGGGCGCGGCGAUGGCCGGGAUCGUCUUGGCACUCUGGUCCCACUGCUGCUUCGCAGACUCUCAGAUGGCUUCCCCGGACGAUUCCCAGACGCGGGGACUCAGCCUCCAUCCGCCCUACUUCAACCUGGCGGAGACAGCCAGGAUUUGGGCGACCGCCACCUGCGGCCAGGACGAGGGCGGGAGGCCCCGCCUAGAGCUCUAUUGCAAGCUAGUUGGGGGCCCGGCUGCUUCCCCCGCGGGGCAAACCAUCCAGGGCCAGUUUUGUGACUAUUGCAAUGGUGCUGAUCCCAGCAAAGCUCACCCAAUAACCAAUGCUAUAGAUGGGACGGAGCGCUGGUGGCAGAGUCCUUCCCUCUCCUUAGGUUUGACGUACGAUGAGGUCAAUGUUACUUUAGAUCUAGAACAGUACUUCCAUGUGGCUUAUGUCCUCAUCAAAUUUGCAAAUUCUCCACGUCCAGAUCUGUGGGUAUUAGAAAGAUCAAUAGACUUUGGAAGAACUUAUAUACCAUGGCAAUAUUUUGCUUAUUCUAAAGCAAGCUGUUGGGAACGUUUUAGGAAGGAAGCUAAUGCUCGUGUUAGAAAGAAUGAUGACGUCAUUUGCACUACAGAAUAUUCUCGGAUCGUGCCUUUAGAAAACGGAGAGAUUGUGAUAUCUUUGGUAAAUGGUCGUCCAGGAGCAAAUAACUUCACCCAUUCUCUCACACUAAGAGAAUUUACUAAAGCAACAAAUAUUCGUUUACGUUUCCUCAGAACCAAUACCCUCCUUGGACACUUGAUAUCUAAAGCUCAACGGGAUCCUACAGUGACACGCAGAUAUUACUAUAGCAUAAAAGACAUCAGUGUUGGUGGACAGUGUGUUUGCCAUGGACAUGCUGAUAUUUGUGAUGCAAAAAGUGACCUAAAUUCAUACAGGUAUCAGUGUGAAUGUCAGCACAACACUUGUGGGGAAACCUGUGAUCAUUGCUGCCCCGGAUACAACCAGAAGCAAUGGCAACCUGCAACAGCCAGCAGUACAAACCUUUGUGAAUCCUGCAACUGCCAUGGGCAUGCCAGUGACUGCUAUUAUGAUCCUGAAGUUGAACAACGUAAAGAGAGUUUGAAUCUUUAUGGAAAGUAUCAAGGUGGAGGGGUCUGCAUGGACUGCCAGCACAACACAGCUGGUGUAAAUUGUGAGAAAUGUGUGAAGGGCUACUAUCGUCAUUACAGUGUUCCAGUGACAGCAGCACAUGGAUGUAUACCCUGCAGCUGUAACCCAGACCAUUCUGAUGGCUGUGAGGAAGGAUCUGGUCGCUGUUUUUGUAGACUGAAUUAUCAGGGUGAGACUUGUGACCAGUGUGCUGAAGGAUACCACAGUUUCCCCUUCUGUUACCGGAUUCCCGUUUAUCCUGUUACUACUGCAAGCCCAGAAGACCCUUCAGCUGGUCAUAUAGUUGGAGGAGGCUGCAAGCCAGGAUUCUUUGGGCCAGAUUGUUACCGUAAGUUCCACAAUUCUGCUGCUUGCCAGUGCCAUGGCUCAGGUGUGAUAGCUGAUGGUGACUGUGAUAGACAAACAGGACAAUGCCGAUGUCGUGAUGGAUUUUGGGGGAUUGCCUGUGAUCGCUGUGGAGUAGGCUAUUUCCAUUACCCUUUUUGUCAAAUGUGUGAAUGCAAUUUAGCUGGCACCCAGCCUGAAAUAUGUGACUACCUUGGGAGAUGCCUUUGCCGUAUUGGGGUCGAUGGCUUUCAAUGCAACACCUGCCACCCUGGAUAUCAUUCUUUCCCCUUCUGUCAAGAGUGCAACUGUGAUGCAGCUGGAUCUGUAGACAGCACAUGCGGCUUUGAAGGUCGUUGUCAUUGUCAUAUUAAUUAUGCUGGACCAAAAUGCAGCCAGUGUGCUCCUGGCUACUAUAGCUAUCCCAAUUGCUUGCCUUGUCAGUGUUCGACCCAUGGCUCCCACCAGGCCGCAUGUGAUCUAGUCACAGGGCAGUGUAAGUGCCGACCGGGGAUUACAGGUCAACAGUGUGACAGAUGUUUCUUGGCCACCAACAGUUUUCCUCAGUGCCAAGGAGUCAGCACUGAGUGUGACCUGGCAGGAGCCAUGGAUUCAUAUUCUGUGACUGGUUUUUGCCAGUGUCUGCAAAAUGUAGAAGGUCCAACCUGUAGCAUUUGCAAACCACUUUACUGGAAUCUGGCCAGAGAAAACCCUGAUGGAUGUAUCGAGUGCCAGUGUGAUGCAUCUGGAACACUGAGUGGAGUCAGAGAGUGUCGGCAGGUGGAUGGUGAAUGUUACUGCAAACCUAGUGUUUGUGGAGAUUCCUGUGAUACUUGCGAAGAUGGUUAUUAUGGACUGGAAGACAAGAACUAUUUUGGAUGUCAAGGAUGCAAAUGUGAUGUGGGAGGGUCUGUAAGUCAUGUGUGCAAUGAUCUGUCAGGUGAUUGCCAGUGCAGAAGGCACAUAGCUGGAAAAUCCUGCAAUGAGCCUAGAAAGGACUACUACUUACCUGAUUUACAUCACAUGAAAUUUGAAGUUGAAGAUGGUACAUCUCCUAAUGGAAGAGGAAUCCGGUUUGGUUAUGAUCCUCAAGAAUUUCCUGGAUUUAGUUGGAGAGGUUAUGCACAGAUGUCUUCGGUACAAAAUGAAGUGAGGAUAACUUUGAAUGUGGAGAAAUCAAACCCCGAUUUAUUCCAUGUUAUCUUGAGGUAUAUUAAUCCUGGAACUGCAGUAGUGUCUGGCCACUUAAUUGCUUAUCAUUCUCGGCUUCGUAAAGGGGCUCCUCAGAGCAAAGAUAUUGUGUUCCCACCCAGUAAACAGCCUGCUUUUGUAACUGUCCCAGGAAAGAGCUUUGCAGAUCCGUUUUCACUGAGUCCUGGCACCUGGAUUUUUAAAAUCAUGGCAGAGGGAGUCCUUCUGGAUUACCUGGUUCUCCUACCUAGAGACUACUAUGAAGCAACCAUCUUGCAAUUACCAGUAACAGAGCCUUGCACGUAUUCCAGACAUGCCACAACAGAUAAUUGCUUACAGUAUGAACACCUGCCAUUGGACAGAUUUUGUUGUGUACUUGGUUCAGAAGUCACAUUUUUCUUGUGUGAGGGAGAGUACAGGAAAGUAGCUUUCCAACAGCCAACAGCCAAACAUCCAGUAAUGUCUCAUAUCAAUGGUCAAGAGGUGGAACUGCAGAUAAGGCUGAAUGUUCCCCAAGUUGGCCGCUAUGUAGUAGUUUUUGAGUAUGUUAACGAACAUGAUCAAGUAUAUGUUGGUAAUGUGAAGAUUAACAGCCCUGGGCAAGUGAUGGAGGCACGAAUUAAUAUAUACAGCUGCAAAUAUAGCUUCCUAUGCCGCAGUAUUGUGAUUGAUGAUAUGCAUCGUGUGGCAAUUGUUGACCUUCUGGCUGAUGCAGAGUUACAUCUCAGGGCUUCUGCAAUAGAUUUUUUCCUACACAAAGCUUGCAUUAUUCCACUGGAAGACUUUUCUCUAGAGUAUGUGGAACCUAAAGUAUAUUGCAUUGCCACAUCUGGCCAUUCAGCUGAUUCAAGUGCUUUGUGCAUUCCCUCGCAGUAUUAUGAAACACCUCCUGUAGCCAUGGUUUUGGAUGCUCUGAGGGAUGGACAGGUUGCAGGAAUGCAAAGAAAUGUGGUCCAUCAGGAGUCACUGAGUUCUCCUUUGCCAUAUGGUACUCACACAACUAAUGCAGUAAUUUUGACUUCUUCACAGAACCAAAUAAUUCUGAGUGGAAGAGUGACACAUUUGGGUAGAUAUGUGUUUCUCAUACAUUUUUACCAGUCAGAGAAUCCAACAUUUCUUGUUGAUGUGACUGUGGAUGGAGGACGACUCUGGUCAGGUUCUUAUAAUGCUUCAUUUUGUCCGCAUAUUGCUGGAUGCCGAGGUUUGGUGAUGGCUGAAAAUCAGAUUGAACUUGGUGUCUCUCAGCAUGAUAUUUCAGUAACUGUAAAAAUUCCUCAUGGAAAAAUGCUCAUGUUGGAACAUGUCCUGGCUGUUCCAGCUGACAGCUACAGUUCUAGGCUUCUUCACAGAGAUACUGUGGACAAGUCAUUUGAUUUCAUCAGCCAAUGUGGUGGAAACAGUUUUUAUAUUAACCCUGCAACUUCCUCAGAAUUCUGCAGAACUUCUGCAAGGUCACUUGUAGCUGCCUACAAUGAUGGGGCACUGCCUUGCAAUUGCCACAGAAAUGGUGCGACCAGUCGUGCUUGCAACCCUAAGGGAGGGCAGUGCAAUUGCAGGCAACACGUCAUUGGCCGCCGAUGUAGCAGGUGUCGAACAGGCUAUUAUGGAUUUCCAUUUUGCAAACCAUGCAGCUGUGGGCGGCGACUUUGUGAUGACAUCACUGGGAAGUGUAUUUGUCCCCCUCAAACUGUUAAGCCCAGAUGUGAAGUGUGUGUGAGGCAGCACUUCGGUUAUCAUCCCCUCACUGGCUGUGAGGGCUGCAAUUGCUCAAGCAAAGGAGUUAUUAAUCCAGUGAAUCCUGAAUGUGACAAAAUUGUUGGGCAAUGCAAGUGUCGCUUAGGAAUAACUGGCCGACGGUGUGAUCACUGUGCUCCUGGUUCCUAUGGUUUUCCCAACUGCAAGCUCUGCAAAUGUAACAGAGAAGGAACAGAACCAACUGUUUGUCAUCCACAGACAGGAGUUUGCCUUUGUAAGGAGAAUGUUGAAGGUAUUCAUUGUGACAUGUGCCGCUCUGGAUCGUUUUAUCUGGACUCUGCUAAUCCGAAGGGUUGCACGAGUUGCUUUUGUUUUGGAGCAACCAAUAUUUGUCGCAGUACAAAUAAACGUAGAGUUAAGUUCAAUGAUAUGAGGAACUGGCACCUAGAAGCUGUGGAAACUGGCAUGAAUGUCCCUGUCACUUUCAAUCCAGGCAGCAACAGUGUUGUUGCUGAUGUUCAAGAGCUGCCUCCCUCUGUGCGCAAUUUAUACUGGGUGGCACCAUCAUCUUACUUAGGAGAAAAGCUUUCUUCAUACGGUGGUUAUUUGAGUUAUCAAGUUAAAUCCUUUGGCUUACCUAGUGAAGGCAUGACUCUACUGGAAAAAAGACCUGAUGUGCAGCUAACAGGACAGCAUAUGAAAAUAAUCUACAUGGAUCCUAACGAUCCUUUGCCUGACAAACAGUAUUAUGGAUCAGUGCAGCUUGUUGAGGGAAACUUUAGACAUGCAAGCAGCAGUAACUUGGUAUCUCGAGAGGAGCUGAUGAUGGUCCUGUCUAGACUGGAUGGAUUACAAAUCAGAGGCCUUUACUUCACAGAAUCUCAGCGGUUAGCCUUGGGUGAGGUUGGUCUGGAAGAAGCCACAAAUACAGGAAAUGGCAUUGUUGCAUAUAAUGUAGAGACUUGCUCCUGUCCUUCUGAAUAUGUGGGUGAUUCAUGUCAGGGAUGCAGACCAGAAUUCUAUCGUGAGAACAAUGGCCUAUUAACAGGACGGUGUGUUCCAUGCAAUUGUAAUGGAAAUGCAGAUAGAUGCCUGGAUGGUUCUGGAAUUUGCAUUAAUUGUCAGCACAAUACAGCCGGCGAGAAAUGUGAACGCUGUAAGGAAGGCUACUUCAGAGAUGACAGUCAAGGAACCUGCAGGAUGUGUCGCUGUCCUUAUACAAACAGUUUUGCUAGUGGCUGUGUGGAAAACAGUGGAGAAAUCCAAUGCUUCUGCAAAGAAGGUUAUACUGGGGUGCACUGUGAAAGAUGUGCUCCUGGUUAUUUUGGAAAUCCAUUGAAAUAUGGAGGAUACUGUCAGAAAUGUAAUUGCCUUGAUAAUGGUCAGCUCAUGAACUGCGAUCGCCUGACUGGGGAAUGCAUAAGCCAAGAACCAAAAGAUACAGAUCCUCUAGAAGAUUGUGAUUCCUGUGAUAGCUGUGUAAUUACUUUGCUGAAGGAUCUGAGUACAAUGGGGAACGAGCUCCAUCUGAUUAAGUCCCAGAUACAAAACGUCAAUGCCAGUGCCCACACACUGGAGCAGAUGAAGCAACUGGAAGACCGGGUCAAGCAACUGAAGAUUCUUCUGAGCCGCUAUCGUUCCAUUAUUACCACUCAGAGCCCAAAGGUGGAUGAACUGGAGACAGACUUGAUUGAACUUAACCAAAAUAUUAAUGCUCUAAAAGAGAAGGCUGAAAACAAUUACAGGAAAGCAGAGACGCUGUUCAAUAACUUUAGUAAGACUAAUCAAAGGGGGAAAGACUUGGUUUCAAAGAUUCAAAGCAUUGUCACCAAUAUUAAUGUUCUCCUGGAACAGAUAGCUGGUACUUCUACAGAAGGAACUUCUUUGCCUUCGAGAGAUGCUGCCAAAGAGCUGGCUCAAGCUCAGCAAAUGAUUAAUGAGAUGAGAAACCGCAAUUUUGGCCAACAGCUAACAGAAGCAAAGGAGGAGAAAGGAGAAGCCCAGAUCUUGCUGGACCGUGUAAGGAAUGAACUGCAAAAGCACCAAGCAAAAAACCAGAGACUUAUUAAAAUUAUAAGAGAUUCAAUAAAUGAAUAUGAAUCCAAACUCAGUGACCUUCGUGUAUCUUUGAAAGAUGCAAAAGAACAAACAAAGCUGGCUGAAAGUUUAAAUGGAAAUAAUAAAGUACUCUUGGAAGAUGUUAAGAAACGGAUUGAAGAGAUGACUAAACAACAGAAGGACAUCUUGGAUCAUCUGAGUUCUGCUCAAGCAUCAUUGUCCCAAGCAAACAGCUUAUUUGGCUUGCUGCAGAGGAGCAAAGAGGAAUAUGAAAACUUAGCUGCCCAGUUGGAUGGAGCAAGGAAAGACCUAAAUGAAAAACUGAAGAGCCAUUCUUUAUCAGCCAGCAAGGAGCCCCUGGUAGUGAGAGCGGAGGAACAUGCCAACUUUUUACAAGACCUGGCAAGAAAACUGGAUGAGAUCAAGAAAAAUGCCAGCAACGAUGAGCUGGUAACCUGUGCUGUGGAAGCUGCUACUGCCUAUGAGAACAUUAUUGAUGCCAUCAAAGCAGCAGAGGCUGCAGCCAACAGAGCAUCAAAUGCUGCAGAUUCAGCUUUAUCAACAAUGGAGAAAAAAGACCUAGCUGGAAAGGCCAAGAGAUUGAAGACCAAGAGUGACAAUCUGUUAAAUCAAGCACAGGCUGCACAAAAGACCUUACAGGAAAUCAGUCCAACUCUUGCUGAUUUAAAGAGCAGAGUUGAGGAUGCCGAAAGCAAGAAAAAUAUAAUAAAAGGAGAUCUUACAACCUUCAAAACUGGCCUCCAAGGGAUCAACAGAGAUGACAUAGACAACAUGAUUGCAAGUGCAAAGAACAUGGUAAAAAAUGCCAAUGAUAUUACUGCUAAUGUUCUCGGUGAACUGAACCCAAUUAAAGCAGAUGUGGAAAAGAUAAUGGGUUCCUAUGGAAGCAUGCAGAGUGCUGACUACAACAAGGCUUUGAAUGAUGCAAACAGUUCAGUAAAGAACUUAACAAACAUCCUCCCAGAUCUGUUUAACAAGAUUACAAGCAUCAAUGAACAACUCAUGCCAAUAGGCAACAUAUCUGAGAAUAUAGACCGCAUCAGAGAGCUCAUCCAUCAAGCCAGGGAUGCUGCAAACAAGGUUGCUAUUCCCAUGAGGUUCAAUGGCAGUUCUGGAGUUGAGGUUCGACCGCCAGAUAUCCUUGACGAUCUGAAAGGUUAUACUUCCCUUUCUUUGUUUCUUCAAAGACCUCUCUCACGGCUGGACAGCCCACGGCGGCAGACAUCCAACAUGUUUGUCAUGUACUUGGGUGACAAAGAUAGUUCCAAGGACUACAUAGGCAUGGCUGUCCGUGAUGGCCAUCUCAUUUGCGCCUAUAGUUUGGGAGGCAAUGAAGCUGAAAUAGAGGUGCCUGAAUCAGUGUACGAGAGUGAUACCAAGGAUGCAACUUUGGAUCUUGUGAGGUUUGAGAGGAUUUACCAGUACGCAAAGCUGAAUUACAUUCAAGGUGCAACCUCCAAUUCACCAUUAAGCCUUGGGCCUUUUGAUGACAGAAGUGGGAGCAGUCACACUCUCCUCAACCUAGAUCCUGACAGUGUGGUCUUCUAUGUUGGAGGAUAUCCACCAGACUUUACACCUCCCAGUGCACUAGACUACCCUCGUUAUGAAGGCUGCAUUGAAUUGGAUAGCUUAAAUGAGAGAGUUAUCAGCCUCUACAAUUUCAAGAGAAGUUUUAAUCUUGAUACCAGUGAAGUACAACCAUGUAGGAGAUAUAAAGAACAGUCUGCCAAAAUCUAUUUCGAAGGCACAGGCUAUGCACAUGUGAAUGUAACUUCACCAAAUAAACCAUAUCGACGAUAUGAGCAAACCAUUCAAACUACUACAGAUGAAGGUUUGGUGCUUUUUGCAGAAAACCAGGACAAGUUCAUCAGUUUGAGGAUUGAAAAAGGCCACCUAGUAUUCAGAUACAAAGUUGAUUCACAGCCUCCAAAAGAAAUAGCAAGCAAAGUGGUCAUAAACAAUGGAAUGGAUCAAAUUGUAGUUUUACACAUUGGUCCGCAACUGGUUACUUUGAUUGACAAGUCUAGAGAACAAAUAAACAUAAAUAUGUUUCCUUUUGACUCAUAUUACCUGGGCGGAAUCCCAGCCUCUGUAAGAGAACGCUUUAAUAUAUACACACCUCCAUUUCGUGGGUGCAUGAUGAAUGUGAGAACUUCUUUUGAGUCUUCCCCUACCUUCUCUGAGACUCUUGGUGUCAGCAGAAAAUGUCCUGAUGACUGGAAGCUUGUGAGAACAGCAACUUUUUCUAAGAAUGGAGUACUUGGUUUGAGUGAUGAUGCUUUUCCAUUUCCCAACGACUUCCAAAUUGGAUUUGGCUUUCACACAUUGGCACUUGAUGGAACAUUGUUAAAUUACAAUUUACGGCCUGAUGUGCUUACUUUACUCCUGAGAAAUGGCUCUGUCAUCAUAAGGUUAGCUGAUGAAGAAAGCCAGUCUACCAAGAGAUAUGAAGAUGGGUCAAUGCAUUAUGUAACAGUGAUAAAAGAGGGUGACAUGCUAAAGUUGCUGGUUGAUGAUGUGCCUGAGUCAACAAUAGUUGGAACCCUUGGAAGGAAAACACUGAGUCAACCAAUAGAAUUGGGUGGGAGUGGUUUUGAAGGUUGCAUUUCCAAUGUCUUUAUACAAAGAUCAGAACAGUUUUCUCAAGUUCAAAAUUUAACCAAUUACAUUGAGAAGACCAAUGUAUCCUUAGGAUCCUGUAUGAUAAAGAAACUACCACAGCUCAUGCUCCUGAAAGACCUGAAUGAUGCUUACAGUCCAAAGGUUUUGAAGAGGAAAAAACCCAUUGCCUAUUUGACAGAAGCAAGCGUUCAGCAAAACAAGGGCUGUACUUCACAUGCUCAGUUAAAUUUUGUCACUGGCGCUUAUCAUUUUGGCAAUACUGCCAGCACUCAUUUGUUGUUUGUAGCUUCCCAAAUAUCAUCAAAAGACAGGUCCCAUUUUGCUGUUGAUGUUCGUACAUCAUCAUCUAGAGGACUGAUCUUCUUCAUGGGAGACAAACUGGAGAACAGAUACAUGGCUCUUUUCCUUUCAAAAGGACGUUAUGUCUUUUUACUUGCUGCUGAUGGGAGAAAGAUAAAAAUCAAAAGCAAAGCUAAAUACAACGAUGGACACUGGCAUACUGUGGUGUUCAGCAGAGCUGGAAAGAAAGCGCGGCUUGUUGUUGAUGGUCUGAAAGUUCGAGAAGGAAAUAUAGCACCCAGUUACUUUGCCAUGAUGACUGAGUCACCAAUCUACCUAGGAGGGGUUCCUUCACUGAAAAUUCAGAAUAUACCAGGAAAGAGUUUUGUAGGUUGUCUGAGAAACUUUAAUGUGGGAGGAAAGCUCAUGCGAACUUACCAUCAGAACAAUGGUGUUCUGCCUUGCUUGGAAAACACUUUGGAGAAUGGGAUCUCUUUCUUCAAUGAAGGGGGGCAUAUUGUCAUAGAAAAUGCUUUUGUGAUGAACUUGGAAUAUAGGAUAAUAUUUAACAUUCGUCCAAGAAGCUUGAACAGCAUUUUAAUUCAUACUGGCAGCAAACAAGAAAACUAUUUGACUUUGUACAUGGAAGAAGGCGUGCUCACUGCAUCUGGAAAUAAUGGCGCUGGAAAGUUCUCAACAUCAGUCACGCCUCGGCAGUCUCUGUGUGAUGGAAAAUGGCACUCCAUAGCAGUAACUCAGAAACAGAACACUGUGCACCUUGAAGUAGAUUCAAAGAGUAACUCCACUACCGGACCAUCAGCUAUACUUUCCACCAGCCAUCCUGAACCACUUUAUUUUGGGAGAGUCCCAGUAAAUUUGGCAACACCAUGGCUUCCUGUUCAGGAUGUGUUCCUUGGCUGUCUGAAGGAUGUUGCAAUCAAUGACAAAACUGUCUUAGUAAGCAAAAUUUCAGACGUUCAUGGUGUUGUCAGCUUGCAAGGGUGCCCUCUCAAUUAAGUUUUCCAUGUAUCUCCUCAGGGUGAAAUCUCCUUAAUGUACUGUAUGAAUGCCACAAAAUGUUUUCAUCUUUUCUAAACUCUGUGUUACUCUUGCCACAGAUUUCCAACAUAGUUUAAGGAUGUAAAUAUUUUUCAGCAUUGUGAGCUGUGCUGCCACAGUUGGAUGUUUUGAAAUGUUGUUUGGCUUUUCUGUGUACAAUUCACUCUCUAUGACAAAGCCAUGUGAAGUAUAAAAUGGUCUUGUAUAUAAUAUAACCUGGAGAGAUUCUGCUCUCAGCCACAGUGAUGCAUAACUAGAACAAUUGUAUUGACAUAAGAGCCCAGUCCAGAGGCUCCUGACAUGACAAGCACUACCCAAAUUAGAACUGGAAAAUCUUUGGAUUGCAAGCCGAAUCUGACCUUGCAAACGGAAUUUUAUAAAAAUAGAAAAUGAUGCUGUAUUGCUGAAUCAGUGUUUUUUUUAUACUGGAGUGUGCAUUACACAAUUGACAAAAAUGUAAGCAUGAGUAUGAAGCACUUUAAAAAGAAUGGAAUCCCAGAAGUGACAGUUUUAAAAGAGUUCUAUGACCAAAUAAAUGUAAU